UCGGCUCUAUGUGGCCCACAAAAAUUGGAAAGUAGGUGAAGCAGUCUCACAGGGGUUUCUGCUGUGCUGGAUAGGUGGGGACCUGACAAAGUCCAUAGGCGGCUACCUGACUAACCAACUGCCUAUUCAGAUUUUUGCAGCCAUCCUUCACAUGAGCAUGGAUACAAUCAUGCUCUCACAAUUUGCAUACUAUAAGUUAAAGAAUCAGAAGAAAAAAAUGAUGUUCCAACCUCAGUUAUUCAAAGACUCCAUCACAAGGGACAAGAUCAAGUCUAAGGUGAACGGAGGGGACCCAUCUGCCCCGGCAGAAGGGAGCAUCAUGCAGGUUCCUGAGGGGGACGGGGAAGAAGAGGGAAUCCCGUCUCUUUAUGGGAUGGGGGCAGUCCUCCAAGUGUCCAUCGGUGACCCAGGGCAGCUCCAGUUCCUCAAGCCUGGGCAGGACUGGCCACAGUUCUGA